AUGCCAACCUCGGCGGCGGCGAACGAGCCUUCGUACAUGACGGAUGAUCAAUUCGCUACCUACCUUGCGGGCUUACGCUCAAACCGAGUUGCGAGACCUGGAGGUGCACGACCUCAACCCGCCGGCGCACGACCAGUACCAAGCCGUUCGAGCUUGCAUCGCCAUAGUACGGGCCGAUUUACGCCUGACUUUGCUACUCCUCCAGAAAGCGCCCCCCACACACUUGAUCGCAAGGAAUCAAUGAGCCCCAGCAUCGCUGGGGCUAGUGUCGCCUCACGAUUAUCUACAAUCAGCAGGAAAACCCCCGACUAUUAUUCAGCAUCACCAGUGAACCCUUUGAGCCCCUCAGAUGUAGUUCCUUCAGGCACUUACAUGGAGCGAGGUCAGAGAUGGAUGGAGAAAGAGGAGGCAAGUUCGUUGCGCGACGCUAUGGAAGAGAUGGACAUCAGAAAGGGUUCUAAAUCGCCUGUUCAAGAGACGCCAGACGAUGAUACUCGUCUAUACAAUGCUGCUCUCGACGAAGCUGCAGAACUUGUCUGGCAACAUCAGCACGGCACACCGCCUCCUCGUCCUGAUGGGCCCUAUCGCUAUAAGCCACACCUCAGAAAGAAUAGCUACGCCCAUGCUCGUACUGCUAGUAUUGGCCCAUGCGAGGGCAACUUGUCAGAAGGAGAGGGCGAGGUUGAGCGCAACGUGCGUGAUAGCCGUUCCGACCUAGAACAGCGACAACCUGUCGAGCGGUCAACUAGCAAAAACAAAACAUAUGGCAGCAUUGGCCGUCGAACGCCUGACCAACGUCGUCACAGUCUGAAGAGGAACAUUAGCGGAGAGGUCGGUCGACCCUUCUCUGAGGAUCAGAUCUGGGAAGAACCUGAAGCCACGACCUCCACGGACAUGGGCAUCUCCGGUCGUACGUCCCCAGAGAAACUCGGCAACCGAGCUCAGACCUCGACGAACCGCGUCCGGUUCGAGGCAUCCCAGGAGGCCGCAAAGCCAAAGCCCAUGGAGCGAGUUGAAAUAUACCGCAACCCUCCGACGCGGUCGCGCAACCCAUUAUACACCAGCAACCGCUCGAGCGAGGGCUCCGUCCCUGUUGACGACAAGGUGGAGAGGAAGAAUGGUAUGGAAGUCCGAAGCCAGGACAUCCGUGCAGCAACAAGCAUGCGGUUGAAAGAUCGCAGCUCCAAUCUACCGGAACCCACCGCCGUCAGUGACAGUCCGGGACGGCCCAUUGUAAGCUUCGACGCCAACUGGCAUCCCCCGGACGAGUCCACUGAUACCACCCCAGAUCGGUCGCUCCCGGCAGCCCCAAGCAGAUCCUCCUCGUCGUUCAACCAGCCCGAGAAACCCAUGGCGGUACCUAGUAUCGUUGUGGCGGAGGAAAGUACGUCGAUGCCCCGGGCGUCGAAAGGAGCGCAAGUCCCGUCGAUUUGCGUAGAUGAGACGGACAAGGGUCCUCGAGGCUCGGUGCCUUCGAUCAACGUCCCGAGCAUCGCUAUAGAUGAGCCUUCCAGCAACGACGGGGGCAUCCCUGCCAUCGUAACGCCUAGCGACGAACCAACCACCCGCGCCCGCCCACUCCCUGACCCAAGGACUGCCAAAGGAGGUCCUCGAACUGCCCAGAAGCCUCGUGGACACUGGUCCCCAGCUCCCGGCAGCACCAGGCGAGCUGUGACGAUCUGUCACGAAUGCGGUUUCCCUAUCGAUGGACGGUUCGUGGCUCUCGCGGGAGGUAACGAACGAUUCCAUCCGCAAUGCUUCAGCUGCUAUACCUGUGGUACUAAUCUACAGGCGAUGGAAAUCAGCCAUGAGCCCGACCAUCUCCGUCAAGAACGACUCGAUCGCAUCAAACGCCGCGCGGCCGGCGAGGUUCUUGAUGAGGAACCAGGAAAGACCAUGGCUGAAGACGGAGACGAACGCCUACGAUUCUUUUGCCAUCUUGACUGGCAUGAGCUGUUCGCUCCGCGCUGUAAGCACUGCCAAACCCCUAUUCUUGGUGAGCAUAUUGUCGCCCUCGGUGCUCAUUGGCACUACGGACAUUUUUUCUGUGCUGAGUGCGGUGAUCCGUUUGAACACGGUAUGACACAUAUCGAGAAGGAUGGCUACGCGUGGUGCAUCAAUUGCCAGACGAAGCGCACCGAGCGGCGAGCACCGAAAUGCAGAAAGUGUCGUAUAGCUGUCAUUGGACAGUACAUUCAAGCCUUGGGCGGAGAAUGGCAUGAGCACUGCUUCCGGUGCGCUGAGUGUCAGGGCAGUUUUGAUGAUGGCCAAAUCUUCACCAAGCAUGUGCCUGAGGGCACCAUCGUACUCUGCACUGGCUGCCGAGCAAUGGAACUCAAAGCGUAA